UGUAGACGGAGAUCAUGUAGAUAGAGGAAAACGCUGGUGUGGACGGAGAAUGUAUUCGUUUUAAUUCUCCGUUUGUAAAAUAAAAUGGAGUAGUGUGGAUGGGGCCUUAGCAUGAUGAUAGAAAAGAAGGGAAGAACGGCUAGCUUGGCUCUCUCCAAAAGUAACAAAACUCACCUACCAGCACCUCUAAACCUCUCUAAUUAACACAUUAUAUGAGAACAACAAAAACCAUAGUGUAAACAUGUUCAUUUGAAUCUCCACUGGUUGCCUGGCAACUACUUAGAGACAAGAGUCCUGCACAUAAGCGCUCCACAAAAUGGCAUAUUGUCAUUUUUUAGACUUGUACAGAUUAAAUCAAAUAUAAACUGUUAAUAAGUUUGAACUUUAGAGAUGCUGGUAGGUGGAUUUAGUUACCAUUUGAUAGAGCUACAUUAGCUUUUCCCCUGUUUCCCGUCUUUGUGCUAAGCUAAACUAAGCUAAGCUAAGCUAAUGGCUGCUGGCUGUAGCUCCUAAUUUACCGUAACAACAUGAGUCCACCAGAAAGUGAAUACGCAUAUUUCCCAAACUUUCAAACUGUUCCUUUAAGUAAGACUCGUUCUGUCUGAAGCAAAGAAGAUGGAUGAGCAUUGACACAUGUUGCGCAGACUCUGAGCCGAUGAACUAUCAGGUUUCACCUUAAUACCUCAAACAAUGAAUUUACAAGCAAGGUCUUGGGCUUUUACAUGUCGGCUCGCAGCAAAGCUAGAAUGAGAGAAGUGAGACCCAUAUGGCCUGCAAGGCUACCAAUGGAGUGCUGAUGACCUAAAGAUAUUAAAACAAACUCUGUAUUCCAUGGUUGUAGUUUGUGUUAGUGUGGCUGCUGUGAUUUUUCACAAUUUAAUGUAUAUUUCAAGCUGCCUUGUCUGUUAUUUGUAAAGGAAGACAUCUGAUGGGAAUGUUUAUUUACUUACAUAUGAACUACUGGUACAUAAAGCCCAUAAUACCAUUUGAUGUGAAGUUCUUCUUUACAAAAAUGUAAGCUACGGGUACUUCAAGCCUUUGUACAGCAGGUAGUUAUAAUAAUAAUAAUAAUAAUAAUAAAGACAUUUUUGUAUGAAAUGCGUUAAAUGCAUUUGCUUUUGUAUCCUUGGACAGAAAUGCUCUUUGAAAUACAUUGUAAGCAAAGGUGUCUGAUUGCUCUGUGAGCCUAAUAAUCUUGAGAGGAUUUUUAGCCUCUUUCAUCAGGGAAUGAUUAAACUGACGAGCAUGCUGAAAUCAGAUUUAACCUUUGGGACUUCAGCAAGGAGAGCACUCGGACCAGAUCAGCAGGAACAAAUAAAGGCAACGUGAAAAUAUUACAGGGAAAACAUAAAAAUGUUUUUCCCCUUCUCCUGGAUCCCGGGAACCUAUGAAUGGACUCCUUUUGAUUCAAACCCAAUAGACUUCUUUUUCCAAGGUCUUGUGGGUGCAUGUGGAAUAUCAGUGCUGUGCAAUCUGAUGAGAGUUUACCACUUCAUUGAAACAUGCAGUGACUCUGAAUCUGAAACUGAAAGCAAACAGAGGUCAAAACCUGGCAAUCCUCUGAGAGCGAGCUGGAAAACAGCUCUCCAGUUCUGGUUGCUGACGGUCCUUCUGUCUCUGGUGGGCUCGAGGGUUUCCUCUCUGAUAGUGCUGGAGUUUUCUCUCAGAGCUGUUGCUGCUUGGACAUCAACAGGACUUGAUGCCAAUGGCAGAGGCCUAGACCGGCUCCUGGUCCAGUGUCAAUUCUCCCUGGGUUGCGGCCUCACCUGUACUCUGUUCUUCCUCCAUCAGGGGGCUCCAUACAGCUCCCUCAGUUUGUUUCUGGCAGCUGCUCUCAGCUGGGCACUGGCAAGCCUCAGCCACAGUCUGUGGACCCAUGUGGCCAGACUCUACCCACUACAUAGCACAGAGCAUUACUGUGGGAAGUGCAUCACCCUACUGACCUCCGGACACACCAUACUGGCUUCAGUGCAAAGAGUGGUUGUCUUGGCCUUUGCUCUCACAACUGUGGCUUCCACCAUUAUGGUUUAUGACCACUUCCUGUCCCAGAAUGAUGCUCUUAAGUUUUGGACUCCAUUGACUCUCUGCUACGCUAUAUUGGUGGUCUAUAUUCAAGGAUCAGAAUCUGCACACGGGCACACAGGCCCUGUUGCACACUGCAGUAGUGCAACUGGCAGCCUGCUCAUGCUGACCGUGGGUAACUGGUCUGAUGUCCUGCACAUCCUCAUCUCUUUCCUGGGCGAAGCAGUCUGCCUGCUGCCCUCUCUGGACCUGCUUCAAGCUGCAUGAAAGGAAGAAGACACACACUUAAGGAAAUGUGAACUGAGCUCCAGGAAAGGAAGGCAAACACAACAAGACAGCUGAUGGUGUACUAGUGACUACCUCAAAUGUCA